UCUCUCUCUCACUCUCUCUCUAAAUCUUCGCCAGUAUUCAAACUGGAGGAAUCCGUUGCAAUACGAACUGCAGAGAAACCUAGGUUGGUUCACUCAACGUGAUCACACACACCCCGACAAUUAGUUACCGCUCCAAUCAAAUUGACCGAAAGCCCCACAAACGAAAAGCACAACCUUCACCAUCUUUCCCGCUCUUACAAGGGCACAUCCGUAAAUUCAACACCCAAAAUAUUUCAAGCGCCACUGCCAUUUUUCUUCUUCACAAAUCAAAAACUCUGAAACUGUGAAACAAACAGCACCGAGAAAAAAAACACACACACACACACACACGCACACACACACACACACGCACACACACAAGGCGAUUUCGCAGGGUUUUUUUUUGUUGCAAAUUUUUUCUCCGAUGGAUUUCGAUUUUGUUUCAUCGUACGAGUAGGAAGAUCAGAAAUAGGGUUAAUUCGAAGAAACUGUUCGAAUUCGACAAUUUCGCAGUCCCCAAUUCCAUGAAGAAAACUCUCGCCGGAGCGUUCAGAGACAACGUUCGCGUUUUCCUCCAGAAUUUCGCCGAAAUCGAGGAGUACACCGUCGGAGAAAUGACCGUUUGGUCGACGUUGCUUUUCUCUCAAGACGAAGGAGUUUUCCCACUCUACACUGUGGAGGAAACCGCUGAAAGCUCUCCCGAUCCUUUCUGCAAUCACUGCGAAGCAGCAGGAUGGGGUCACCAUUUUGUUUGUCAGAGAAAGUACCAUUUCAUAAUCCCCGAGAAGGAGAAUUGGAAUCUGCCAUUGGAUGAAAUUGACGAAACGCAUUGCCAUUAUCUCUACGGUUUGAUUCACUGCAAUGGCUACGGUCAUCUCAUCCGCGUCAACGGUUUGAAAAACAACUCCAAUUUCUUCUCUGCAGAUGAUACCAUGGAGUUCUGGGACCGUCUCUGCACUGUUCUCAAAUCCAGGUAUAUUUCGGCUCGUCACGUUUCAAGAAAGGAAGCAAUCGAGCUGAGUUUGAUCCACGGUGCAGCGUAUGGAAAAUCAUGGUUCGAAAAAUGGGGCUACAAAUUCAGUGGCGGAAGCCCCGGAAUUACAGAGCAGAAAUACGGCGAAACGAUCCAAUCCCUAGGCUCGUUAAACCUCGAUAGCAUCGUCGCUGAUUUGAAAAACAGGAGCAGAAACAUGAAGAGGAUCAAAGAAAUGAUAGACGUGUACAGAAAAUUCAGUGGGAAACCACUGUUCACUAUAACUGACUUGUUAAGACUGAUGCUAGUUUUCGAAUCGAGAGUUCAAAAGGAUGUUUCGAAUGCGUGCAAGUAUGGCGGAUCAGAAACAGGGGAAAGUAGCCCGAUGGGAUUCGAGAAAUUUGUUGAUUCGAUGACUAAAGAUUGCAGGUGGCCUUCUAGAAGGUUGGAGAAUGUGCUUUACGUCAUUGUCGGUUUGCUAAAGGAGCACAGAGCAAAAAACGGCGAAAGUGGAAAUGCCAUUUCUAGGCAAGAACUGAGAGACGGGGCUAGAAAAUCUAUAGGAGACACUGGUUUGAUCGACUAUGUUCUAAAAUCGAUCAAGUGUUUCACAAUCGAUAAUCUAAUUAUUCGCCGUGCUAUAAACCCUUAUUCAAAAUUGGCCGAGUUCAAUAUUCGAGAUCAAGAAGCUUCGAACGGAGCAACGAGUGUAAGGCUGAGGCUGGGCUUGAGCCUGUCGCGAGACAUACGUUUUCUGUACGAGAAUGUUUUAUCGGAGUACAUCGAGAGUCAUUUUUUCUUGACAAACAACUAUCACUUUGUGAAGGAAUGGACUAUCAAGAGGGAGAUUACCAAGAACAACAAAAUGGAGUUAACGUGUAAGGUUCUGCCGAGCUUCGAUGAGAUGGAGACGGAGCUGACUAGGCGGCUGCCGCCAGGUGAGAUGGUGGUGGUGGACCCGUGGAUUACGAUCGGUGAGCUGAGAGUGGCGGCACAGUGGGCAUUGAGAGAUACCUAUUGUGUGAUGGAUGAAUUUGAGGUGACUCAAAUCGGAGGGUUGAGGAGAAUCGAGGACGAGAAGGUGGUGUAUGGUACUGUGGGGCCCGGUUCGGAGGUUUGGGUGAGAGGGCGUGGGUUCGAUUUUUCGACGGUGAUUAGGUAUGAAGAUGAAGGGAGGAAAAGUAGGGGAUGAUAUUGAAGUUUAUUGAUUUGCCACGGAUUUGUAAGAAUGGGAGAAGUGUAGAGAGAAAUAGGACAUUUUUGUGUAAGGGAAAGCAUGGUGGCAGAAAUUGGUAAUGGUAUGUAUGGUAAUUAAUAUAGUUUAUAGGUACGUAAUUAAUGACGUCAUUAAUAUAUACAUGAUAAUUAAUACCUUUAUGU